CUCAGUGCCGCCCUGCACAACUCCUCUAUGUGAUUCCUGCUCUGUGCUGUCUCACAGCACGCUGUAGAAAUGGCUUGGUUUAUGUGUCUGUGUUUGUUUGUGGUGGUGUCUCUGGCUUUCUUAGUGGUGACUUUAAAGUUCAGAUCGUCUACACGUGGCCUCCCUGAGCCCCCCCAACUCCCAGCACUGCCCCUGAUUGGCAGUCUACUCAGCCUGCGGAGUCCACACCCUCCUCAUGUGUUUUUCAAAGGACUGCAGGGAAAAUAUGGGCAGAUCUACUCUCUGAAGAUGGGCUCCCACAGGGUCAUCAUCGUCAACCACCACAAACACGCUAAAGAGGUUCUGAUGAAGAAGGGAAAGGUGUUUGCAGGGAGACCCAGGACUGUGACCACAGAUAUUCUGACCAGAGGUGGGAAAGACAUUGCAUUUGGAGACUUCAGUGCCACCUGGAGGUUCCACAGGAAAAUAGUCCAUGGAGCUCUUUGCAUGUUUGGAGAGGGUUCUGCCUCCAUCGAGAAGAUCAUCUGUGCAGAGGCCCAGUCUCUGUGCUCCAUCCUGUCUGAGGCAGCAGCUGCUCACCUCUCCCUGGAUCUGUCUCCUGAGCUGACACGUGCCGUCACCAAUGUCAUCUGUUCGCUCUGCUUCAACUCCUCCUAUUGCCGAGGAGACCCAGAGUUUGAGUCCAUGCUGGAAUACAGUCAGGGCAUCGUGGACACUGUUGGAAAGGACAGCCUGGUGGACAUCUUUCCCUGGUUACAGAUCUUUCCCAGUGCAGACCUGCGUCUUCUAAAGCAUUGUGUUUCAAUUAGAGACAAACUUCUGCAGAAGAAAUACGAUGAACACAAGGCAGAUUACAGUGACCACGUGCAGAGGGACCUACUAGACGCUCUGCUGCGAGCGAAGCGCAGUGCUGAGAACAACAACACAGCAGAGGUCAGUGCAGAGUCUGUGGGCCUCAGUGAUGACCACCUUCUCAUGACUGUGGGAGACAUCUUUGGAGCUGGUGUGGAAACCACCACCACUGUGCUCAAAUGGGCCAUCAUCUACCUCAUCCAUCACCCACAGGUGCAGAGGCGUAUACAAGAGGAGCUGGACAGCAAGGUGGGGUGUGGUAAGUCGCCACAACUCUGUGAUAGAGGCAGUCUUCCCUACCUGGAGGCCACCAUCAGAGAGGUGUUAAGGAUCCGCCCUGUGGCCCCUCUGCUCAUCCCCCAUGUAGCCCUCAGUGACACCAGCAUCGGUGACUUCACUGUGAGGAAAGGAAGUCGAGUCAUCAUCAACCUGUGGUCUCUGCACCAUGACGAGAAGGAGUGGGACAAUCCUGAGCUCUUUGAUCCUGGUCGCUUCUUGAACAGUGAAGGCACAGGUGUGAUCCUCCCAUCGUCCAGCUACCUGCCCUUUGGUGCAGGGGUCAGGGUGUGUCUGGGCGAGGCCUUAGCCAAGAUGGAGAUCUUCCUCUUCCUGUCCUGCAUCCUGCAGCACUUCACCCUCUCUGUCCCCCCAGGUCACCCUCUGCCCAGCCUGGAGGGCAAGUUUGGUGUAGUCCUCCAGCCGGCCAAGUACAAAGUGAACGCCACACCCAGACCAGGGCGGCUUUUUUUUAAAUAGAACAUAUUAUAAAUACGUCAUGGCAACUAUUGUCAGACACAUUAUGUCUUUGUAAUAUUAAUUAUUAUUUCUUAGCAGUUCAACAGUUCCCAGAAUUGUUUAUGAAUACACUUGAAUAAUUUGAAGUAUUUUCUUAUCUUUUUUGUGUUGUCUUUGAACAAAACUAAGAUCAAGUUAAUCACAAAUGGUUUACUUUAGCUUGGAUUACUUCAUGUUCACUCUGAGUGAAUUUCUGCCUGAAAAGUCAGAUAUUUGUCUGGUUAGAACAUGGUUAGAACAUGGUUUCAUGUGUCAGAUUAAAUAUAGACUGUCAUUCUCACAGUGAGGUGUGUAGGUCCUGGCCCUGUGAGCACACGUGUGACUACAACUUGUACUUUCUAGAAUACUCUAUGUUGAGAUGAAAUCACGAGGAGGAUUAAAAAGGCCCUGGAGCCACUUUUGGUGACACCAGUGUUGUGAUAAUUACUGAAAAAUAGUAACUAGUUACAGUUAGGAUGGAAAAACGUAACUCAGUUACUGAAACCAAAAAGUAAUGCGUUACUGAGAAAGUAACUUUUUAGUUAGUGUAAAACGUUUUUCCAAUGCUCACAUUAAAAUAAAGGUUGAUUGAUUGAGUUCCCCUCUAGUCGUCAUUUCAGCUCUGUACUGAUGUUUUCCACUACAUAUCUGAGGGGAAACAACACCUGCUUUUAUCUGUAAAAUGUUACCAUUGGACUCUUGGAAUAAUAGCCUGAUAUUGCUUAACGAGAUCCAAAUAAACAAGUAAACAUGCC